CACACCGGUCUGGGCGCCACCUCUCUCCCUGCUUGGGCGCCGCCGCGCGAGCGCUUCCCUUCCCCCUGCGAGCGCCCGGAUAAUGUCUGAGAAUGUCCAUUUCUGGGACGCUUAGCAGCUAUUAUGUCGACUCGAUCAUAAGUCACGAGAGUGAGGACGCGCCUCCAGCCAAGUUCCCUUCCGGCCAGUACGCGAGCCCGCGGCAGCCGGGCCACGCGGAGCACCUGGAGUUCCCCUCGUGUAGCUUCCAGCCCAAAGCGCCGGUGUUCGGCGCGUCCUGGGCACCGCUGAGCCCGCACGCGUCGGGGAGCCUGCCGUCCGUCUACCACCCCUACAUCCAGCCCCAGGGCGUCCCGCCGGCCGAGAGCAGGUACCUCCGCACCUGGCUGGAGCCCGCGCCGCGCGGCGAAGCGGCCCCGGGGCAGGGCCCGGCGGCGGUGAAGGCGGAGCCGCUGCUGGGCGCGCCGGGGGAGCUGCUCAAGCAGGGCGCGCCCGAGUACAGUUUGGAAACUUCGGCGGGCAGGGAGGCCGUCCUGUCUAAUCAAAGACCCAGCUACGGGGACAAUAAAAUUUGCGAAGGAAGCGAGGACAAAGAGAGGCCGGAUCAAACCAACCCUUCUGCCAACUGGCUUCACGCUCGCUCUUCCCGGAAAAAGCGCUGCCCCUACACCAAAUACCAGACGCUGGAGCUAGAGAAGGAGUUUCUGUUCAAUAUGUACCUCACCAGGGACCGUAGGCACGAAGUGGCCAGACUCCUCAAUCUGAGUGAGAGACAAGUCAAAAUCUGGUUUCAGAACCGUCGGAUGAAAAUGAAGAAAAUGAAUAAGGAACAGGGCAAAGAGUAAAGAUCCCCCCCCCGACACACUUCCCACCCCUUUCCCACCUCACGCUUAUUUAUGAGUGACGGCCCCAAGGCCAGUGCUGUCUGGGAUACACGCGAGUGCGUGGGGAAGGGAGUCUUGCUCUUCAGAGUCCUUUCCUGCCAUCUAGAGCCUCUCUCCUUCGCUCUGACCAGCCCUCCCCUCCCUGGGCCUCAGGAGGAAGUUUCGUUAAUUUAGAAGAUAGAUGUAGUUGGUUGCUAAGGAGGGGGUGGGCCACAAGGAAAGGAAGACCCUAGUCCAGUCCCUCGCGAUCCCCUCUAAUUUUUGUGGGAAGCCCCAGCCCCUGGCUUCCAGCCCUUCCCGUCUUCCCCACACCUAUCCCAGAGUCACCAAGGGUCACUCCAACUGCAAACAGCCCACCAGACGCCCGCAUGCCUACGGCCUGGAGCCUGCACCAGUCAAAGGGGAAAGCUCACAGCCAACACUCCAAUGAGGUGACCUCCCAAGGGCACCUCAGAUCCGUUAGAACAGCCAGAGGACCAUCAGGCGAGAUCCUACCCCUGAUGCAAACACACAGCAAGAUGUCUAGAGACGCGCCUCUGACGGAGGCAUCGCAGCCCAAAGGACUGAAUAUGGCAACACCAAACCCACAGAACCCUCUACUCUGCCCCGCCCGACCCAAGGGCAAGGGGCCUGCUGAACGCAGCCCCCAAGCGGGUGCGCUAGAAAGGGCAAGGAAAGGCAGCUGCGGUCUUAGCAAGGUGUUGUAGGUUUUAGGGAGGUAUUCCACACGCAUCCACACACGUGUUGUCGCAGGAUCUGUCUAAUGCUGCAUGUUCUUUUCCUCUCCCGACAAAAGGGGAUCCGAUCGCGGCUCGUAAGCCUUGACAAUGUUGUGCAUCUGUUCACCCGCGCCCCGCCUGACAGACUGUAGCUUCUCUCGCUCUACACCGGCCCCUGCAUUCUUCCGCAUCCUCCCAGCUCUGAAGUCAUCUCUGUUUGGUCAAGUCCACCUUGCACCAGCGAGUCAAGCCGCCCCUUGUAGAAACCCCUCCACCCUCCAUCCCCUGCUAGGCCGACCCCGCCGUAGGCAGGACAGCCAGGGCGGCAGAGUCCCACGGAGCAUUUAUUGAGAAUCGAUUCCCGAGCUCCCUUCCUGGGUAAGUUGUGGGGGAGUGAGAGAGCGAAGCCUCCAGCCAGUGGCAUUAGGCGUGUUCCUCCUCAUCCUGCCCACGUCCGGAGGAACCCCUGGCUUGGCGGCUGCCCGCCCCAGCGCAGAACGAGAAGGGCCCCAGCUGCCCGCCUUUGCUUCCGGCGACACGGGCCUGGAUGGCGAUCUGCGCGGCUGCCGAGCGCACGCUUCUGGGGGACAGUCCCGCGUGCAAAGGAAAGAGGCGGAAUGGCCCCUAAGCAUCAGGCCGAAGCUCACCCUCUGCUCCCCUCCCGCCCCCUGCUCCCCAACCUCUCCAGCCCCUUUCAAUUCCAUGGACUCUUGCUUCCGCGUCUCCCGCCCCUGCAAGGGGACAUUCCAGUAGAACUUUUUGGCUUUGUCGGUGGCUGUCGUGAAAUUGUGCUGUGUUUUGUGAUUUCUUUGGGGGUGAUUGUCUCGCCUGUCUUCAGUUGUCGCUUAUGUAGGAGGG